UAAAUAGUAAGAAUGUUGCUAAGCAAUAUCAACUUUCCUUUGGCAAAGUUCCCCAAAACCAGCACUAAUAUUAACCACUUCCCCUUUUCCAAUAUCAAAAGUGUUGGAAGUAAGAAGGUUUUGUCAAGUGGAAAAAUGAAAGUUCUUAUUGAUGGAUACACUUACUUCAACUCUCCUUCUCACCCUCUUGAGGCAGAGUUGCAUCAUCAAGAAUUCAAUACAACAGAUGAUACUGGGAUAGGAAUUCUUCCUUUCUUUCACGGGAAGAACAUUCUUCUCACCGGUGCUACCGGCCUUCUUGGAAAAGUUGUGGUGGAGAAGAUAUUAAGAUCAAUGUCGGUGGGCAAAAUCUACCUAUUGAUCAAGGCAAAGGACAAGGAGGCUGCAUUAACCAGAUUAACAAAUGAAAUAACAAACUCGGACUUAUUCAAAACUCUGAAGCAAGAAUUGGGGGAUUCCUACGAAGCCAUGGUAAGGGAGAAGCUGAUACCUAUUGCCGGAAAUAUAUGUGAACCGAAUCUCGGAAUGGAUUCUGAAUCUAUUGCUCGAGUUAGGAAAGAUGUCGAUGUCAUAAUCCAAUCCGCAGCUUCCACAGUCUUGAACGACAGGUAUGACUUGUUGGUGGAUGCGAACAUGAGUGCCCCUCAAAGAUUGAUGAGGUUUGCCAAGACAUGCAACAAUCUCACUCUCUUUGCCCAUAUUUCUACGGCGUAUGUUAGCGGAAAAAGAGAAGGGUUGAUAAUGGAAAGGCCAUUCAUAAUGGGAGAGAAUGGAAGAAAGGAGGGACUUUAUGAUGAAUCAACCCAACUUGACAUAAUUGAGGAGAAUAACUUGAUUCUCAAAUCAUCAUCUUCUUCCUCUAACCAUCAUGACCUUACCAAAAAUCUCAAAAGGCUUGCCCAAGACAGAGCAACACUAUUUGGAUGGCAUAAUUCAUAUCACAUGACUAAAGCUAUGGGAGAAAUGGCUCUUGAUGAAAUUAGAGGAGAUGUGCCUUUGCUUAUUAUAAGGCCUACUGUGAUUGAGAGCACCUAUAAAGAGCCUUUCCCUGGAUGGAUACAAGGAAAUAGGAUGUUUGAUCCUGUCAUUAUGGCUUAUGGGAAAGGACAACUUCCAGGGUUUUUUGGAGACUCCCAAGUGAUCAUGGAUGUUAUACCAGUAGAUAUGGUAGCAAAUACAACAAUUGCAGCUAUUGCCAAGGAGGGCAACAUGCAUAGGCCACAUCCACAACCUAGGGUUUACCAUGUUGCAUCUAGUGCUACAAAUCCUCUAUUAUAUUCUGAUUUUUUUGAAUACCUUUUCCACUACUUCAACUCAUCUCCCCUUAUCCCAUCUCAAGAAAUUUCAAGAAUUAAAUAUUUUGACGAUUUCCGAGAUUUCUCUGAAUACACAAGAAAUGCAAUCAAUGGAGACAAGGAUAAGAUGCCACUAAAAUCCCAAAAUCAAGCUAAAGCCAAAGCUGCAUAUGCUGAAAAACUUUGCAAGCUGUAUGAGUUCAUAGGGUUUUUCAAUGCAAGGUUUGAUACAGGGAACACAGAGAGCUUAAUAGAAGCAAUGUCAAAGGAAGAAAAACUUAGCUUUGAAGUGGAUGCAAGAAAUAUAGAGUGGAAGAAGUAUAUUGAGGAAAUUCAUAUUCCUGGUCUGAUAAAACAUAUAAUCAACGGCACUGUGUAAAGCAUAUGUAUGCAAGUUACAAGUUAUUCACACUAUGUCUGAAUGUAUUUGGUGCUUAUUAAAUUAUGCUAAUAAGCAUCACUAUGUUUUGAAUUGGAUCUUAAAUUUGGAAACCCA